UAGUCGGCCAACUAGUAGCGGAGCAAACUUGCAGCCAAAUUUUUUGUAUUGUGUAGUUUAAGAAAAUCGCUGUUAAAUAAGUUUUCAAAUGAAAAAUAAUAAUAUUCCUAUAUUUUGUGUAGUUGAUUCAUAUAAAAUUCCCACAAAUAUCUUGCGAAAAAGCAGCAACAACAAUCAGCAAAAACCGAAAACGAUCAGCCAAGUGUCAAAAAGUGGAACUAAAAAUUAUUCAAAUGUCAUGAGCGCGUAUCUCAUUGCCAAAUAAAACAGAAUACAAGUGAAGCGGAUUAAGAGAAAACGUUGAACGUUCCUUUAAGUAAAACAAUAAAAAAUAUAGCAGAAGAAGACAACAGUAGAGCAUAGAGACUGAUUUUGUAUUAUCAAAAAAGUACGAAAUUACAAAGUUUGGAUACAUUAUAAAAUAUCUGAUCGUCAUACAAGGUCAUAAGUAAAAAACAAACACCGUGAACAUACUUAAUACCGACUCAACGAUCUCUGAAAAAGUUUAAACGCAAAACAAUAUAUAAAUAGAAAAUCUUCACCAAAUGUUUGUGAGGGCGGCUAAAAUAAACCUUCCAUAAUCUCUUCUUAUCAAAUUGGAAGUGGCUAUUUGAGAGCUAAAAAUGGGCAAACGCAUGGCGGUCAUUGAGGCGAAGCAUGUAACGCCAGUUACACGUAUUAUACGCAAACGUAAGAGAAACUCCGCAGGAGUAACAGCUGGGUCCGAGGUGAUCGCAGAAAGUGUCAAAGCUCAACGCAGAGGUAACUACUGGCACGAAAGCGAUGAUGAGGACUCGUCUUCAAAUGAUGCCACAAAUGUUACACCACUGAUGAGAAAUCAGUCUACGAAACAAGCAAACAACUCGUCGAUUCUACUUAGCGCAAACACGUCAGUAAAUGAAUCCCCAAAGCCAGUGUAUACUCUAUUGCCAUCCGUAGUUAAUGGUACUAUUAUGUAUGACCUGAUGCAGAAGCCUUGGCGUCUUGGCAAACCUAUUGGUAAGGGAAAUUUUGGUGAGAUUUUUUUGGCUUCAGAUAACAUCACCAUGCCGGUAAAUAAUGAGAAUGCAAAAUUCGUAGUAAAAAUCGAACCGCAUUCAAAUGGACCAUUGUUUGUUGAAAUUCAUUGCUUGAUGAAUACUGCCAAAGAUAACUCUAACCAUUUGAAAGAGGAAAACGAUAAUAUGAAUAGGCAGCAAGAUAUUGCAGCAUCAUUGCCGCAAAAUCCGCCAUCGGGUAUACCAAAAUACAUUGCAUCAGGCUCACAUUAUUUUGGAGACGCUCGUUACCGUUUUCUAGUACUGCAGCGAUUUGAUCGCGACUUACACUCCAUAAUAAAAAAUUGUCGUGUGCACCAGAAGUCUGUGCUAACGCUAGCUAUACAGAUUGUUAAUGUUUUGGAAAAUCUACAUGGCAAAGGUUAUUGUCACAAUGACGUCAAAGCGCAAAACCUUAUGAUUUCCAAAUGCAAGUAUUAUAAAAAACAAACUGCAACUGCUCCGGUAACUACGGGCAAUGGCAAAUCGUCACGUUCUAAUCUAAAGUCUUCAAAAUACGAUGAACACUACGAGGAAAAGCAACAGACUACCGACAGUGGCAAUAGUUCAGAGCAAGAAGUAAACGAUGAUGAUGAGGACGAUGACGAUGAUGCUGAUUUCGUUGUAAAGCGGAAUAUGUUUGCAGACGAGGAUGAGGAUGAAGACUUUGAUGAUGGCGAAACUACCAAUAGCAACAAUAGCAACAGUGUCGACAAUUAUGUAACACCUGUCAGUCGUAAUCGCAAACGUCGUCCACGCACUUCCGUGGUGGAAUAUAGUGGAUCGAAUCCGGUACGCUCAUGUCGUCGACAGAAACGAAAUUCCAUCUAUGAGGAGAUGGUGAAGUCACAUUAUUUACGCCCCACAAAACGUAUUAGUUAUUCAGAGUUCUUUACCGAGGAUGGUAUUUCAAUAAAGGAUGACACAGCUGACUCAAAGUCUAUAACAUCUGAUGAUGAUUCCGAAGAAUUUAUACCACGUUCCGCUCGUCGUUUGGCGGCUAUUAAAAAGUCCAGUCAUUCUUCAAUUACCUACGUAUCUACAACAACAAAACGUUUGACGCGACGUCAAGAGAAACUCAUUAAUAGUUUGAAUGCCAGCAAGCAUUUGCAUAGCGACACCAGCAACUCCAACUUAACGACAACUGCCGUCGCAGAAUCGCUUGUAGCCGUCGAAGAAGAACGUAUCUUCCUUAUUGAUUUCGGUUUAGCCUCCAAAUUUAUGGAUAACGGUGUACACCGUCCUUUUGUAAUGGAUCAGCGCCGAGCACAUGAUGGCACUUUGGAAUUUACAUCCCGUGAUGCACAUAUGGGCGCACAUUCACGCCGUAGCGACCUAGAAUGUUUGGGAUACAACUUGAUAUUCUGGUCUCAAGGUUACUUGCCAUGGAAAGAUGCUGCAACACAGCAUCAGCAGGAAAAGGUGCAUCGGGCCAAGGAGUACCUGAUGACCGAUGUGCGUGAAAUGUUGAAACAAAUCUAUGGCAAACAGGUUCCUAAAUAUUUGGGGGAAUUUCUACAUCAAGUAGGCCAGUUAGCCUACCACGACCGACCGGAUUAUGCACGAUAUCGUCGCUUGUUCGAACGUGAAUUUCAACAGCUCGGAUAUUCACUAGCUGAACUGCGCUUGGACAGCGACGAAAUUGCUCGCAGUUGUGUGCGAGUAAAAGAGGAAAUCGAGAACAAAAACGACAUAUUUGAAAUGAAUAAGCUUAACGGUAAUGCAGCAUGGAGUAUUAUGAAGAACUUGUCAGUAGGCACACCAUUCCAUGAGCGCACUCUGUCCAAUCGGGUGUCGCCAAAAAAUUUGAGGUCUAAAUCUGACAAGAAAUCUUUGAAAAAGAAAAAGUUCUCAUGGGCUGAGAUUUUGUCACAAGAUCCCGAUCAGAUCGCACGUGAGCGUGCAGAGAAAGAAUUCGAUCGCGAAGAGGAACUGAGUGAAGUUCAACAAGCAGUAGUCCGUCGUUAUGAGGGAAAACCAACAUAUGCUAUACUUGAAAUACAACAGCGUCUCAGGUCGAGCGGCAGGUUGGUAGAGGAGAAUGGUAAUUCACAACAAGAAGAUAAUGAAAACCAGACCGAUGAAGAUGAAGACGAAGACAAUGAUGACCAGGAGCAGGAGGAGGAUGAUGAGGAGGAGGAAGUAAUGGAGAUAGACGCCGAAGAAGAUUGUGAUGAUGAAAACGAUGAUGAUGACGUAGACACAGAUGCCACGGACCCUAUGCUUAACGGUGGACAUAAUACGCGCGCACACAACACCAGGUCGACUAGAGUUAAAGUGUCUAAAGCGUCAGAAUUGGAAUGUCGCAUUCGAAGUAGUGGAAAGCAACGUUCCAAAUGUACAAUCAAAACAACAGUGACUGCGUCCAAAUUAAGAACAAGUAAUAAUAGCACAAUAACAGCAAGUAAGCCUGCCACGAAAUCUAGUAGUAAACGUGCUAGUGCCAAUGCAAAGCGUAGCAAUCGAAAGGGUUGCACUAAUGAUAGAAUGCAAAAUAACGGUCAUGCCACUGGUAAUAGCAGCAGUGUAAGUGGAAGGCCGGAACGACGUACGCGUCGUUGCCUAAUUAAGACUGAGACAGAGGUGGAAGAUCUAAUGGAUCAACAGGAAAGUAAUUCAAAUUUCAGCCCGGAUGUUUGUAGUUUAUUUAACGUAUGGAGCAAAAUCAAUAACGAAAACAUCUAUUAUCGAGGCAGUAAUGCCGCAACGGCAGCAUCAACCCGACACUGUAAGAAGUGAAAGAAUAAACACUUAAAGCGGUUCCAUGGAAACUUCGUAAUAUUUCUAAAUUUUACACUGUUUUCAACUAUGAUAGUAUAAUUUAAUGAAAAAUUUUGAAAGGCUUGUUGGAUAACGUAGAUUAAAAUAGAGUAGUGCAGAAACCUCAUUGGAAUAUUGAGAAUGAAAAAUCUUUAUAUUUUUGGUUUGUCACAAUUUGCAAAAACACCAAAAUCCAGAGUGAGCAAAAUUAAAAAUGUAAAAAAACGUAAAAAAAACUCGUAAUACAAAUAAAAUAUGUGAAUAGCAUUAUACAAAAUUUUAA